GUCACUAAUGUCAUAAAAUCUUUAAAACAUUUGUACAAUCUGAAAGAUUUAUAUGAAUGCAUUGAAAUAUCAAUAAUGAUAUAAUACGCUUACUCGAUGCAUUUAGAGAAAACAUACGAUAUGGGGAACUACGCCAUCUUAGAGAAUGAGUACAUUCCGGUGAUAAUGAAAAACAAACCUCGUUGGAUGUGCUGCGCGAUGGUUGCUACAGGACUGUUGAUGUUAAUGUUGUUCUCUGUCGCUGUUGGGGUGGUCAUUGCCUACGUUCAUUGCUACAUUGAACAUAGAAGUGGUAAACGUACACAAGAAUUAAAUUUGCAGAUAACACGUACGGGGACCCAGCAAACGAAUGGAACGCAGUCAGCAAUGGACGAGGCUUUGACAUCAAGCCUAUUCUUCGCGAAGAUCAUCGACCUAGGGCGGGCUAUCAUCGAAGACGGGCACAACUAUAUUUACUCCUACAAAACGAAAACCUCAAACAAAACAGAAGACAUUAAAGUGUUUCAGUAAAUUACAGCAA